AUGCAUUUGGUUUGUCUGGGAACUGUUCGCAAACUAAUAUUAUUAUGGAUGAAAGGACCCAAUGAAGUUCGCUAUCCAUCAUGGAAAAUCAAAGAAAUCUCCAGUUAUAUUCAAACUAUUAAAAACAAAAUGCCUUGUGAGUUUGCAAGAAAACCUAGGAACUUAGAUGAAGUAAAUAGAUGGAAAGCAACGGAAUUUCGUAUGUUUUUACUAUAUUAUGGCAUAAUAGUUACUAAACCAUCAUUGAAAGAUCAACACUGGAAUAAUUUUUUUAAUUUAAGUAUAUCUAUGAUUAUUUUAUUAAGUCCUGAUCAUUUGAAAUACAUUAAUGUUGCACGUCAAUUACUAGACAGUUUUGUUAAAGAUUUUGAGAUUAUUUAUGGCCGUUACCUCAUUUCUCAUAACAUUCAUGGUUUAACACACUUAUGUGAUGAUUAUGACAAAUUUGGGCCACUAGAUAAUUGUUCAGCCUUCCCUUUUGAAAACUACAUGGGGUGCUUAAAGAGAAUGUUAAGGAAACCACAUAAACCUUUGGAGCAAGUUGUCAAAAGAUACAGUGAAAUUUGUUCACUUAAGUCUAACACUAAAACUAAAAAUGAUGCACCUUAUUUUUCUGGACUCCAUACCCAUGGUCCUACAUUGUCAAGUUCAAUAAAAGGAAAACAGUUUACCACUUUGGUAUUAAAAAGCAUGACAAUUAAAACACAUCUGGAAAGAGAUUCAUACUUUUUAACUCAAGAAAAAAAAGUAGUAAAAAUUGUCAACAUAAUUAAGAAAGAAAAUUCAGAAGACGUAAUCCUUAUUUGUAAAAUAUUUGACAAAAAAAAUGAGUUAUUUAUCAAACCUACAAAAUCUAGUGAACUAGAUAUUUAUGUUGUUAAAAAUUUAAGUAAUAAUUUUCAUGAGUUUAAUAUUAAAGAUAUUAAAAAAAAAAUGAUUAUGUUACCAUCUAAUAAUAAUGAUUUGAUUGUAAUACCUAUUAUUCAUUCAAGAUUCAACUAUUAA